AUGUCGUUUAACAUUUACUCUGAUAAACUAAAAUCCAGCCCCAUAAAUCUGAAGCUUCAGCUGUUUCAGUUCUUCUUCUAACCUCAGACUGUGUCAAUUUUCGCCAUGAAAAUCUGACAACUCUGAAAACCAAAACUUAAAUCUUAUAAAAAACACUUUUGCUGUUGCGGGUUUAGCUUGCUUUUCUUGUUUUACCAAAAUGGUUUCGUUGGAAGAUUCUCAUUCAACUUCAAGUCGCCGGUUUCCUUUGAGGCAAAAUUUUUACUCUCCGUCUUCGUUUUCGAGCUUCAAAAUCCACCGAAGCCCCGCCCGAUCCAUGCGUACGAUUCGUUCGAACCUGUACCAACACGAGAACAGUUGCUCCUUUACUACAGUUCCCGAUCACUCGAGCUACUUGUCAGAGAAUCUGACAGAUUCGGUUAUCGACAUGAGACUCGGCGAGCUUGCCACCAAACUGCUAGACGCCAAAUCGGGCAAGUCCAACCCAUCAGAAGAGGAUUUCUUGAAUGUCUCACAAGCUUUCAGCGAUUUCUCGGUCUGUAGCAGCGACAUAUCGGGAGAGUUGCAGCGCCUCGCGAGCUUACCAUCACCUGAAAACAAUCCAUCUCAACCCAGUGACGAAAACCGUCAAGGCAAGCUGGAACCGGAGCCGGAGCCGUGUUUGGGGUUCCUCCAAAGGGAAAGCUUCUCAACCGAAAUAAUUGAAAGCAUUUCGCCGGAAGAUCUUCAACCGACGGUUAAGCUCUGCAUCAAUGGUCUUCAAUCUUCAUCUAUCGCCGUCAAGCGAUCAGCCGCAGCAAAACUGAGACUUUUAGCAAAAAAUCGGUCCGAUAAUCGGGUACUUAUCGGUGAAUCGGGUGCCAUACCGGCCUUAAUUCCUCUUCUCAAAUGUAGCGAUCCAUUGACUCAAGAACAUGCAGUAACAGCUUUAUUAAACCUCUCUUUGCACGAGAAUAACAAAUCCCUUAUCACAGACGCGGGGGCGAUAAAGUCUUUAGUCUAUGUUCUCAAAACCGGUACUGAAACUUCGAAGCAAAAUGCAGCCUGUGCUUUGCUGAGUCUGGCUCUGAUAGAAGAGAAUAAAAGUUCAAUAGGCGCGUGUGGGGCAAUUCCACCAUUAGUUUCAUUGCUAAUAAGCGGUUCAAACAGAGGGAAAAAAGAUUCUUUAACGACAUUGUAUAAGCUUUGUUCGUUGAAGCAGAACAAGGAGAGGGCGGUAAGCGCUGGGGCGGUGAGGCCUUUGGUAGCGAUUUUGGUGGGGCAAGGUGAGGGAAUGGCGGAGAAAGCCAUGGUGGUGUUGAGCUUGUUGGCGGGGAUCGCGGAGGGGAGAGACGCCAUUGUUGAUGCAAAUGGAAUUGCUGCUCUUGUUGAGGCAAUUGAAGAUGGGAGUGUCAAGGGGAAGGAGUUUGCAGUGCUGACUUUGUUGCAGCUCUGUGCUGAGAGUGUGAGGAAUAGAGGGUUGCUGGUUAGAGAAGGAGGGAUUCCUCCGCUUGUAGCACUUUCGCAAACGGGGAGUGUAAGAGCUAAGCAUAAGGCUGAAACACUUCUGGGGCAUCUGAGAGAGCCAAGACAGGAGGCUUCAUCGUCGAGUCCAUAGAGUGGUAAGGUGUUGUUUUGAUGUACAUAGGGAGUGUCUUGCUGAUGAUUUUGUACAGCGUGGUUGAGAAAUGUGGUGGAAAAAUCAUAUGUAGAAUUGGAAACAAGUUAUAUAUAUAUGUAUCAGGGAGAGAGUAGUGAGUAAUCAAUUGACCUUUAGAUGUAUGAAUUUUAUCUAGGUUUUGGAAUUUUGAUUCUCUAGAGGUGGAGGGUUAGUGAUUUCCUUGUGGGUUUUUGGGUGUAAUAAUAUCUUGGGUUAUUGUCCUUGUUGUUUCGUUCAGAUAAUCCAACUUCUGUCAAAAAAUUUUCCUGAAUGAAGAUGCAGAUUAUUAUAAUA